AUGUUUUCCGGGAUGCAUGGCCAUGGAAGUGAAAGAACUCCUCUUAUAAGCAGACAAGGAGGAAGAAAAGGAAAUGCGGCUGCCGAUCAACUGACAGACCUUGAAGAUGGAAAUGCUAUACCGGCAGCAAAUGUGGGCUUUGGUAGAGUACUAUCCCUUGCAAAACCGGAAGCUGCAGGUUUAAUUGUUGGCACAAUUGCUCUCUUGAUUGCUGCCACAUCAAGUAUAUUGGUGCCGAAAUUUGGAGGGAAGAUAAUUGAUAUUGUUUCGGGAGACAUUCAAACACCCGAACAGAAAUCUGCAGCUUUGAAGGCCGUCUAUAAUACGAUACUUGAAAUCUUUUUGAUAGUCAUAAUUGGUUCCAUCUCUACAGCUGUUCGUUCAUGGUUGUUUUCCGCUGCCAGUGAGAGGGUUGUUGCUAGAUUAAGAAAGAACUUGUUCAGUCAUCUCGUGCACCAAGAAAUUGCAUUCUUUGAUGUUACUCGAACAGGGGAGCUCUUAAGUAGAAUGUCUGAAGAUACACAAAUUAUUAAAAAUGCUGCGACUACCAAUCUCUCAGAGGCUUUAAGAAACCUCUCGACUGCAUUUAUUGGUCUUGGGUUCAUGUUUGCAACAUCGUGGAAGCUAACAUUGCUGGCUUUGGCUGUUGUCCCGGUUAUUUCAGUUGCUGUACGUCAGUUCGGACGAUAUCUAAGGGAACUUUCCCACAAGACUCAAGCUGCUGCUGCUGUGGCUUCUUCUAUUGCUGAGGAAACAUUUGGCGCCGUACGCACAGUGAGAUCCUUUGCUCAGGAAGAGUAUGAGAACGCUCGCUAUUCUGAGAAAGUUGAUGAGACCCUAAAACUUGGAAUAAGACAAGCCAGACUUGUUGGUUUGUUCUUUGGUGGUCUUAAUGCUGCUUCAACCUUAUCGGUCAUUGUGGUUGUAAUCUAUGGUGCUACUCUCACAAUCAAAGGCUCCAUGACUCCAGGAUCUCUUACAUCUUUCAUUCUGUAUAGCUUAACUGUUGGAUCAUCUGUAUCUGGACUGUCUAGUUUAUAUACAGUGGCCAUGAAAGCUGCUGGGGCGAGUAGGCGAGUUUUCCAACUUUUAGAUCGUGUCUCAUCCAUGCCGAAAUCAGGAAAUAAAUGUCCCCUGAAUGAUGAAGAUGCAGAGGUAGAGUUGGAUGAUGUUUGGUUUGCCUAUCCUUCCCGUCCUACUAGUAUGGUCCUCAAGGGUAUAACACUAAAGUUAAACACCGGUUUGAAGGUUGCUUUGGUUGGUCCAAGUGGUGGUGGAAAGACCACAAUAGCGAAUUUGAUAGAACGAUUUUACGAUCCUACUAGAGGAAAGAUAUUGCUGAAUGGGGUUCCUCUGGUUGAAAUAUCACAUGAGCAUCUGCACAAGAAAGUUAGCAUCGUGAGCCAGGAACCUGUUCUUUUCAACUGCUCGAUCGAAGAGAACAUUGCCUAUGGAUUUGACGGGAAAGCAAGUGCUGCUGACAUAGAAAAUGCGGCUAAAAUGGCGAAUGCUCAUGAAUUCAUCUCUAAGUUUGCCGAGAAGUACCAGAGCUUUGUUGGGGAACGUGGCGUGAGGCUUUCAGGUGGUCAAAAACAAAGAAUAGCCAUUGCCAGAGCUUUGCUUAUGAAUCCAAGAAUCCUGCUUUUAGACGAGGCAACCAGUGCCCUUGAUGCUGAAAGCGAAUAUCUCGUUCAGGAUGCCAUGGACUCCCUAAUGAAGGGAAGGACGGUGUUAGUCAUAGCUCAUCGGCUUUCAACCGUCAAAACUGCAGAUACAGUUGCAGUAGUUUCUGAUGGUCAGAUAGUAGAGAGAGGGAGUCACGAUGACCUCUUAAGAAAGGAUGGAAUUUACACGGCCUUGGUUAGGAGACAGUUACAAGCACCAAAACCAGAAAUAUAG